AUGUCAUUUCGUAAGAGAGGAGAAGUGCUGAAUGAUAGGGGUAGUAGACCAAGAAAUUCACUCGUGAGAGGUCCUCCACGAACUUCCUCAAUACCAUUGAGGGCACCCAACAAAAGAGUCCCUGGAAAUGUCACCUUGCAUGACACCACAGAAAGAUUAACAAGGUUAAAUAUCGUAGAUGAACCCUUGACAACAGGUAGCCUAGACAAUACACAUGUGGGCAUUAGGCCUUCUCCUGCAACGUCUCAACCUACGACCUCGACGGGGAGCGCUGACUUGGACAAUAUAUUGGGUCACAUGGGGUUGCCCUUAGGAAACUCCCUAUUGGUGGAGGAGCAGACUACAACUGAAUUCCAUUCCAUUCUCGGCAAACUAUUCGCCGCCCAAGGGAUUGUUCAUAACAGAAUCGCGGAUAACAGUGCCGAUAAAACUAGAAAUGGUGACACACAUGUCAUUGUUUUGUCAUUGAACCAAAUAUUUGCGAAGGAGCUACCUGGUAUUUACAAGGGAUCCCGUAAGCAAAUGAAAAAGACUCUAAUUUCCAAAGAGGAAUCGAAAGUGACCGUCCAAAAUUUGAACCAAACCCAAAGAUCUACACCUUCGAGAUAUAAAGACUUGAAAAUUGCAUGGAAGUAUAAGCUGGCAGAUGAAAAGAGAUUGGGUUCCCCAGACCAGAACGACAUUCAACAAAAUUCAGAGUACAAGGACUACAACCACCAGUUUGAAAUCACAACUCGCCUGAUGCCUGCUCCCAUUGCAUCUGAACUAACAUUCAUCGCCCCAACCCAACCAAUCUCGACCAUUCUAAGCCAAAUGGAACAGAUUAUUAAAAAGAACGACAAGAAACUUAUCAGAGUUGUUGUUCCCUCGUUGCUACAUCCAGCAAUGUAUCCACCCAAAAUGUUUGCAUCAUCUGAGAUAAUCGGGUUAUUGCACGGUAUGAGAAGCCUUGUCAAGAAAUACAGUGAAAGGAUUGUACUGUUUGCCUCGAUAUCCACAGAUAUUAUCACUCCUCCAUUACUGGUACUGUUGAGAAACAUGUUCGAUUCUGUUAUUGAUUUAGAGCCUUUUAAUCAAGAGAUGUCUCAGUUUUUAGAACGUGUCUAUAAGUCUCAACCGAGAAAGAUUCAGCAUGGACUAGUGCACAUAUUGAAACUACCAGUUUUUACAGACCGUGGGGAAAUGAGAGUCCUAAAAUCUGAAUGGGCGUUCAGAAACGGUAGGAAGAAGUUUGAGAUAGAAGAAUGGGGUAUACCUGUCGAUGAUGUGGAAGGUUCUGGCGAUGUGGAACAAUCACAUUCCCAUUCACAUUCAGAUAGUGCAAAUGAAAUUUCACACAAUGUACCAGUAAAGAAGACCAAGAUUUCGCUAGACUAUUGA